AUGAUGAGUUCUUGUCUUCAGAAGAUCACUCUUCUUAUUGAUAUGGAUUACACUGGCGGCCUUGAAACAUCUAUCGAUGUCACCACGGUGUUUGGAAAGAAGGCCAAUUUGUCCAUCAAGCUGACGAAACUUGCCGGACUUGUCAGAUUGAUUUUAUCAAGGAAGCCGUACAGCCACUGGACUUCUUCGUUUCUCUCGACGCCUGAGUUUGGGACAGAAGUAAGCUCUCAAAUCCAAGGGCAUCAACUGAAGCGAUUGAUCCCGUUGAUAAAGGAGUCCAUACGGCGAGCUCUCCAAAGAAAGCAUGUUUGGCCGAACUACAAAAUUCGUUAUCGACCUCUAUUUCCCAACCCUUUCCUUCAACCUUCUCCUCCACUCAGUGCCUUCGCACAUAUCAAAAUAGAAGGUGGACUAGAAGUGACCGUAUUGCAAGCUUCUCGUUUGAGAACCGCUCUUGUUGAGAAGGAUCCUAGCAAUUAUGUUGUCUACUGCACAGCUACUUUGGAUCAUCGCCCUUUUAUGCAAAGUUCCACGGAUGUUGCCCAUUCUCUGAGUGUAAUGCUAACAUUUUCACGUCAUGAUAUGAACACUCCUAUCGGGCUUAUAUUCGAAAAGUCGGCUUUGAAUGCGAAUGGAAGCAGACCUGUGCGUGUAGCUAUCGUUGAAGAGGAUCUUCCAAGAGGCGGCUUUCAAACCAGGAGAUACACUUCUCGCCAUCAAUAA